UCAUAAAGCUACAUUUUGGUUCCUAUCUGUGAACUCAGGCGAGUGAGAGAGAAACGCCUAUUGCAAUUUCCAAAAAAAAAUUCGUAACAACUUGAAACGAACGCAUUUGUGUCGGUGAAUAUUAAAAAAAAUAUAAACGAAAACAUAAAUCGCAUAAUGAACACAAAAACUGUCGUAGCAAAAAAAAAAACCAGCAACUUGUGGGCUGAUACUCCCUCUAGCGGCAAUCAGGAAGCAGUUCUACAAACUCCUUGGACUACAUAUCCCAUGACGCAAAGCUGCGGGUCUUUCAAACAUGGAGGAGAGUGAACGGAAAGUGACGGACAGAUGCUCUGCAACUGAAAACCGCGGUGAUAUUAUGAACCCCAGUUCGCUUCGGGACCCAGACGAGGAGCAGAGCGAAGAGCCCGAAGAUGACCUGAAAGUUAAGCUGGAUGUCAGCUCGGAUAAGUUUGAUCCGUUGUUGGCGCUUUACUGUCCCGAAAUCUCGCUGCCGUACCCCAAUGUGAAGUGCUUCAACAACAUCGCUCAGUAUGAAAGUUUUCUCAGAGGGGGCAGCGGCAGAGCGAAGCCGCAGAACGUGGCGAAAAAAAACAGGAAAGCCAAGAAAGGCGUACCGGACCCAGAGAGGAUCGAGAGGCUAAAAAAGUUGAUGGUGAAUGCGCCGACGGAGGAGGGAGCUGGGGGCCGCCAGAGACCGCCAAGAAAAACUAGGGCUCCCAAAAAUGUUCUGACCAGAAUGGCCGUUCACGCUGGGAGCCCCCUGGGAGAGCUGUACCGCUGUGUCCAAGAGAAGAUCCGGGUCAAAGUUCACAUCCGCACUUUCAAAGGGCUGAGAGGAGUCUGCAGUGGGUUCCUGGUGGCCUUUGACAAGUUCUGGAACAUGGCUCUGGUGGACGUUGACGAGACCUACAGGAAGCCCCUGCUGGGGGAGGCCUUUCACCACGAGCGUGCUCUGACUGUCACCAGGCUGUUCGACAGGCUGAAGCUGCAGGAAUCCCCGGAUUUCGGGGCGCCGGAGGAAAGGAGCGGAGGGGCCCCGCCGAGGACGCGGGAGUCCAGGACCGCCGGCGAGCCCCCGCCGGCUGGGGAGCACACGCCGGCCCGCCAGCUGCGCGGGUCGCCGAGGAAGAAGGCGUGUGGCGGACCCGGCAAGGAGAGGGAGGGGCCGGGCCUGGGAGGAGCGCAGGACACGGCUCCGGGUCCGCGGACUGAACCAGAGAGCGGGACACAGGGCGGGGGAAGACAGCCCAAGCCCAGAGUGGACUACCAGCAUGUACACAGAAGGCACGUCAACCAGCUCUUCAUCCGGGGAGAAAAUAUACUGCUUGUCAAUUUAGAACAGUAGGUAUAAAGAGAACGUCAGGUCACCGGAAAACCGAAUCAAAUGGAGUUUUAUGACGUUUACCACCUACAUUAAACGGAUUUAUAGGCUGAUUGCGGCAUCCCGUGUUUUCAGCGGCGCUGGCCGAACAGCUAGCCUCCCGAGUCGGGAGCAGUACGUCGCUCCUGGACGGGGGCGGGACACCGGGGCGGAGCAGAGCGGCGCCCUUCUCUCGCACAUCGGCCUGGUCCACGCACGGCGAAACGCGCCGCCGUGCUGCUAUUCUGUGGAGUUCCGUUUCUGACUUUCUCACGGAGGAGAAAAAGAACGUUCACGCGUUGCCUGAAGUGAGACCACACGGCAAUGAGAAAUUAAAGAAAAUAAAAUGACAUGCAGCAACAAAGCAAAGUGCUAAAAAUAAAAAAAAUGUGUGAAGAUAUUUACGGAUUUUUUUGAAGAAACCUGGGGUAUUAUAAUAAAAUGUCUUUCUACCCUUAAUGCUUCCGGUUAUGAAGGUUUUAAAAAUUGCUAUUGGUAUAUAAGGGUUAAAUAAAAUGGUGAAAACUAGAUGAAUAUCUAAGAAUUAUUUGAAUGAGGCCAAGCCAGUAGAUUAUUGUUUCAUAAACGUUUUAGUGGUGAUUCCCAUGUAAUUAUCAUUUACCCAGGGUGGGGAGAUUUGAUCCGAAUUCGUUUUUCUUGUCUGUUCCAGACGCACUAGCUUUUUAAUGAAGAAGCCCUUUCACGCCCCCCGCUGAGCUCCCUGCAGUUAGUGCUGUCAGCCAGCAGAGGGAGCGAGGUACUGACUUUUCUAUUUUCUACGCAAAUUCCUUUUUUUAAGAGUGCUAGCUUGCUUCAAGCCCCCAAAAAGUGUCGUUUUUUUUCAAAAUUCGCUAUAGGAUGUCAGCUAUGCGCGUAUACCGUAAGU